AUGAUAUUUUUCUUUUUAACUCUUUUGUCAUGUGGAAGCAGCAUUAUAGUUGAUGCUAAUUAAAGAUGUGCAUGUUCUGAGAUUUUACUGCAAGAAGAUUGUAAUACAAUAAUGAAUUGUAAAUGGGUUAAUCAAAAGUGUUAAGAUUAUAUUUAUGAAUGUUAAGUAGAAGGUUAAGCUGAUAUUCGUACUUAUAUAUGCAAUUGGAAUAGUGAUUUAAAUAGAUAUGAAGCUUAAAAGUUUGAAUGUAGUUAAUUCAAAAAUUUGUAUGAUUGUUCUAGACUUAAACCACAUUGUUUUUGGAAUUCUACUGAAAUGUGUAAUGAUUUUACAAGUUGUCAAGAUUACAAUGAAUAAUAUUGUCCAAUUUAUAAUAAGAAUUGUUCAAUUUAGGAUAAGAUUUGUAUUGAUGGUUUACAAUAAUGUGAAAAUUACAAAAGUGAAUAAACCUGUAGAGGAAUUUAAUCUGGAGAACAGGAAUGUUUAUGGAGUAAUGAUAAUUAAUGCAAAGGGUAGAGUUUAGUUGAUUGUACAUCACUAACAGGAUUCAAAGUAUGUGAUGUAAAUCUUAUUGAAUGUAAAAAAAAUGCUUAAGGAAAUUGUGAGUCUUUAACUUGUAGUGAUAAGAAGUAAGAGAAUGAUUGUACAAAUGCAAGAAUAGUAAAACAUGGAGAAUAAAUUUUUUAUUUAUGUGUUUGGUAGAAUGGUCAAUGUUAUGAAGCUAUAAAUGCUAAACAUUUGAAUAGAGAAACUUGCUCUAAAUAAACUGCUGCAAAUUAUAAGUGGGUAAAUAAUAAUUGUUAAGCUUGUUAAACACUUCAACCUAAAAUUUUAGAUAGACAACUAGAUGGUUAUGUAGAGUAUGAAACUUAGAUUGUCAUCAUGUACCUUUCUACAUUUAUAUUGAGUAAUAUUGCAUUUUUUAUCCUAUGCAUAGAAUGA